CAUAGACCGCGGGCCGAGGUGCAUUUUCUUUUCAUCUCGUGCCUCAAAUUUGUAUCUAGCUGUAUUUUGGUCAACAUGUUUAAAAAUAUUUAUUACAGUCACAUCUGAAACUCGUCAGUAACAAAACUUGCACAUUUUCUGAAAAUAUCAAAAAACAAAAAACAAAUUUGAGACAAUUUUUCACUUUCUACGGUAAGAAUGACCAAUCACAAUACGUUGCUGAUAGCAUGAUGUGUGGAGUGACUGGCUUUUGGCCAAUCAUAUUCUUUGUUUUAUGCGCACGCCUAUGCGACUUUUACUGUGCACUGCGACUUUCACUGUGUACUAUGGCGACUUCUGAGUCGUUUGAUGCCAGUGAGACGGACAAUUCUGAGGCUGGUGAAUCCGCUUUCUGUUCCAUACAUGUCAUCGAUACUCAGAGCAAGAUUAUACCAUUUAGUGAUAAAAGCUAUCAAAAGUGUAAGGAGUGUGCAGCUAAGUGGGUAAUCGUGGAAGAGAGUUUAGAAAGUGAAGUUGCAGAGAAGUUGCAAGAACACGUACACGAAAGUGAAGGUGUGGGACAAGUCGGUCUUCAGUCAUCGACAACAAGCAGGGAGCACCAUACUCGGCUUCGAGGAUAUCAUGCUGAAUGUUACCGACACUUUUGCAACGUAACGACAAUCAGUAGAGCAUUGACAAGACUUCAGAAGAAGAGAGAUGCUGAGAAGACAUCUACAGAAGAUCCAGAGGAAGUGUCAGCAAGUGAGGAUGCCCCUGCACCCAAGAGACUGCUGCGGUCGAGAGUAUCCCAUGAAAAUCAACCCUCUACCAGCCAUGACUUUGAUAAGCCGCAUGUAUUGCCAGUCCAUUGCAUUAUCUGCAAAGGAGCUAAGUAUAUCCGCGAACAGUCUUCUGGUAAACGGAAGGUAGAAAAAUUAAUUCUUUGUGAAAGAAAAGAUGGGGGGCAUCUGUUAGAGGCCGCUUUAUUAAAGCAAGAUGAACAAUUGCUUUUACACAUACGUGGGAAAGAUCUUGUUGCAAUAGAAGUAAGGUACCAUAAAUCGUGCUAUUACAGGUAUACAAAAGUUGUGAAGAGAUGUAAUACUUAUAAACAGGAUACUCAGCAAACAGUAAUAUAUGAUAAGUCAUACUCUAGUUUCUGCAAAAAGGUAAUUGAGGAAAGGAUAAUGAAAAAUAAGGAGAUCCUUAGGCUGACUAAGCUAAGAAAUUCAAAUUUUCCUAUUGUCAGAAAUCUGUAGGUUUAUUAUUCCUGAUUUGCUAAUUUGAAGAAAACCUGUUGUCUCACUUCUCCAUUGCAGUAAAAUAUACAUGCACAUGUAUAUUGUGAUGACAAGAGUUUGUAGCAUUGUAACAUCAAUACGCCAAUACCUAUAUGAUAGUUAUCCUUCCAUGCAAAAACAGGGUAAAGAUAUGAAUAUACCAAUUUCUGUUCAAACACAGUUGUUUGGGACAACUAAGGUCACACUUGUAUGAUGUUGUAUUUUACUGUUCAUGUGAUUUAUAUGAAAACUUUAGAGAUUGAUGAGGCUUAAAAAUUUAUAACCACUUUGAAUAUAUAGUCAUUUACAGUAUUUGUGAGGUAAAUGUAUAUACUUCCAGCAAAAUGUUUUUGAUGCCCAAGUCUAGUAGUGGUUUAUUGACUGCACUGCACAUUCAAUUGUUUAUGGUACAUAGUCAUUUAGACAAACAUAACAUGAAUCCAUUGUUACCAUGUUUCACUCAGGUGUACAUGUACAUGUAAAUGGGUACCCAUCUAACCAGAGCAGUACAUAUUUUGUUGCUAGGUAUUACUACAUGCAGGUAAAGAGAAGUGUCAUAAAGCAUAACAAGUGCUCUAUAAACAGGAACCAAUAUUUUAUUUUGAAAAUUCCUGAUACAUGUUGAGUAAUGGUCAUUCCCUUUGUCAUUCUGGAAAGUAUUUGUUCUUCAUGUAUUUUUUUUUCAUCAUGACUUGACACUGAAAGUUGUUUCUCAAUAUGUUAAUGUAAGGGAAGAAAAUACUUGUAGAUGUCGGGAGAUAAAUGUGUUUUUUGCCUCUAUUCACUGCUAAAUAAAUACAUUGUACCAUUGUAGGUAUAGAUUUGAACUGGACAUGUAAGUAUUUUGUUCCAUUGUGAAAAAAUAUUCUAAUUGUGCACUAUCGGAGGAUUGAGAUUAAGUAGUUCACAAUUUUGUAAAUACCAUGAUUAGUAAUUGAAAUGUAUUCACGUUUAAGUUUAUGUUUUAUGCUGUACAAAUGUGGGUAUCUGGCAAUUCUUGUUUUUGUCAUCAACGUAAUGGAGGGAAAAUAUUGUUAAAAAUAUAAUUAAAUCAUCAAAUCAUCAAAGGCAAGUAGCAAGGAAGUUGAUUUAUGUCUGGUUUCCAUGCCUUGUAUGAAUCAAUGAUGGAUUUUCUCCCUCUAACAGUACACAAUGAUAUUGAACAUUUGAAAGUCAUUGUAUGAAUUAAUUCUCUGUAUUGCUAGUACAGUAGACUUAUACUUGUUCAAAAUCUGUUGGGGCAGUUUAAUAGAUUUGGUAUUAAGGAAUGAGUUUGAUCAUUGUUAUGAAAAAAACAAAAACAAAACUGCCUGGAAAUUUCCUUUAAGAGCCAGAAAAGUGUACCUCAUCAUGAAUACAAUUUAUUUUUCUUACAAUGAAUCUACUUCAUACUAUGCAUUACGUCUACUGCCCCCCCCCCACCCCAUUGUCAAAACUUCCUGUGAUUUUGCAAUGUAUUUGAGAUACAUGUAGUUAAAAGAUGAUUAAAAAUAUUGAUUGAAUAUGGAAA